AUGAGCGGCACAGAGUCCACCAACGACCUUCAUGGUUCCAUACCUGUAUACAAACCCACACCAUAUGACCAGAUUGAAGAGAUAUACUCCACUCUCAACGAACGAUUCAAUUCGAGAGAUACGCUUUCCCUGGCUUACAGAUUAUAUAAUUUGAAACAGCUCGCCUACCUGAUUCAAGAUAACGAAAAGAGGAUCCAACAUGCCGUUCACACUGAUUUGAACAAAGGUGGAUUUGACGUCAACUUGGGUGAUCUAUGGCCAAUUCUAAACGAGAUUGAUCUCGCCAUCCGACGAGUAGAAGAUUGGAUGAAAGAUGAAAGUAGGAUAUGGGAUGCAAUGUUAUCCUUCAAAUCGAUGCGUCCUCGAAUCAAGAAACAACCUAAAGGAGUUGCUUUAAUCAUCUCAGCAUGGAACUUCCCUUGGCAACUUACUCUCAUCCCACUUGUCGGAGCUAUAUCAGCAGGAUGUCCAGCCGUUCUCAAGGUAUCAGAACAUGCGCCUUCAUCUUCUGCACUUCUCGCUGAACUCUUACCUCGAUAUUUGGAUCCCAAAGGAUAUGCAGUUGUAUUAGGUGCAGCUGAAGAAUCAACAAAAUUACUCGAAAAACCUUGGGGUCAUAUAUUAUAUACAGGUUCAGGAAAUGUAGGUAAAAUAGUAGCUGCGGCAGCAGCGAAAACACUCACUCCUACUACAUUGGAGCUUGGAGGGAAGAGUCCAGUAAUCGUUUCAUCUUGUGCGGAUCUCAAGAUCGCUGCUAAGAGGAUGUUCACUAUCAAGCAGAUGGCUGCUGGACAGAUAUGCAUCGCUCCGGAUUACGUGUUGGUCGUGAAAGACAAAGUGGAUGAAUUCAUCAAAGUCUGUAAAGAGACCCUUGACGAUCUCUUCCCUCCUUCGCCUUCGCCGUACUCUUUCCUGCACACCCCUCAAUCAGCUUCCAUGCGGAACGACAACGAUCUAGACCGUAUGAUCAGUUAUAUCGACGAAGCCGAGCAAAAGGGUAAACUGGUUCAUCGUGGUGAACUAAACAAAGACACUAGACGAUUGGGAGUAAGCUUGGUAAGAACGAAUGUGAACGCUCAAGGGGAAAGUGGAGGGUUGAUGGAAGAUGAAGUCUUCGGACCAGUAAUGGCUAUCAUCCCUGUUGAGAAUAUCGACGCUGCUAUAAAGUAUAUCAAUGAUCGUCCCCACCCAUUAGCUUUAUAUGUCUGUGCAGGGAAAAGAUCAGUGUUCAAGAAAGUAAUCGACGAGACUUGGAGUGGGUCAGCAACAUGGAAUGACUUUGGUUUUGCGACUUUAGCACGCAAUCUGCCCUUUGGAGGUGUUGGAGCUAGUGGUUGGGGAUCAUACCAUGGGAAAGACGGGUUUGAUACUUUCACUCAUCAUAAGGCUGUAUUGGAGAUCCCAUAUAUAUUCGAACCAUUGAUGUCACUUCGUUAUCCACCAAUGUCGACUUUGGGGAAGACUCUUUUCAAAUUCUUGCUUUGUUCAGGAGUCGGUUUCUCCAGACCCACUUCAGUAGAAGGCGAACAAGGUAAAUUGAGAAGGAAGAAAGUGGUCAGAUGGAUGACUGGGAUCCUGGUAGGGCUCCUGGGUGCCUACGUUGGAACUCUAGGCUGGGGCGGCCAAAGGGCUUAA